UUGAGCUCUGCCUGGACCGGCUUUAUUGGGUGGACCUGGACCCCUGCACACAAGAACCGCGGAUGCAACUCCUCGUGCCCCGAUGCCAUCGGCGGGCCACAAUGAGCUUGGCCCAUGAUAUACCCGCCACGGGCCACCUGCGAUAUGAGAAGACCCUGCCCGAAUUCGGGCUCUGUUCUACUGGCCGGGGCUUGAUGGAGAGGUAAAGCAAUACUGCAACUCCUGCCCGGAGUGUCAGUUGGCUGCCCCAGCCCGGACACCCAAGGCACCCUCGGUCCCCAUACCACUAAUUGACACUCCGUUUGAGCGCGUCGUCAUGGACUUGGUAGGCCCGCUUCCCCGGAGUGCGGCAGGUUUUCAAUACGUCCUGGUCCUGGUUGACUAUGCCACCCGAUUUCCGGAGGCCAUCCCCCUGCAGAGCAUGAUGGCCCGGACCAUCGCCGGCGAACUAGUGAAGGUAUUUGCCCGCGUGGGAUUGCGUAAGGAGAUCCUAACGGACAAGGUCACUAAUUUUACAUCCAGGUUGCUAAACCAAGUCUGCCGACUCCUGGGGGUAAAACAACUGCGGACCUUCGUCUACCACCUCCAAACCGACGGAUUGGUAGAGCGGUUCAACCGGACCCUCAAGGACAUGCUGAGAAGGUUCCCGCCAGACGAACCAUGCCAUUGGGACCAACUCCUCCCGCCGCUGCUCCUCGCUGUCCGGGAGGUACCCCAGGCGUCGACCAAAUUCUCCCCCUUUGAGCUCCUGUACGGGCGGAGGCCUCGGGGCCUCCUGGACCUGAUGAAGGAGACGUGGGAGCAGUCAGCCUCCCCGACCCAGGGGCUCCUCCAGUACGUCCUCCGGCUAUGAGAGUGCCUAACUCAGGCGGGGACCCUAGCGCGGGAGAACCUAAAAGCAGCCCAGGAGAGGCAGGAGCGAAGCUAUAACCAAGGCGCACGUGCGCGGCAAUUUAACCCCAGAGAUCGAGUUCUGCUGCUCCUGCCCUCCAGUGAGUCGAAAUUGUUGGCCUGGUGGCAAGGCCCCUACGAGGUACUCCGGAGAGUGGGGCCCAUCAACUACGAGAUUUGCCAAGCAGGUCACCGGAAAGAGAAGCACUUAUACCACAUCAAUCUGCUGAAACCGUGGCGUGAUCAAGAGGGCCUG